AGGUACUUUGUAUUGGUGGUAGUGCGAUGUACGUGUUAUAUUUGUUAAUUGGCUGAGCACGGCGUAGUUUGAGCGGUAAUACAUCCGUGUAUUGCUAGCAAAAUCGUAGCAGUUCAAUUUACGUGUCGCGCUCUUACCUUGUUCUGCACAACGUUGGCAUAAUUUACAUUUAUAGCACCUGUCAAUCCUGGGGCUGUACCAGGGUACAGCCAUGGCGCUUGGUUCUGGAUGAAGAUUCUAUCAAGAACGCUAAGGUGCGCUAGCUGCCGGGAUGUUGUGAAGACCAUACCAUGUGCCAUCUUGCAAUGGUAAGGGCCCGCAUUUGCGGUGAACAUUUCCGCUCAUCAACCGAUUUUUACUUCUCUUUCGGUGCAACGGCGUAGCACCGUUCGAUAAAGCGGUCACGGCCGGUCUGCCAUGCGAUGGCCUGCUCAGUUCGCUGCCCACAAAUUUGUAAAAAAAUAUUUUUUAUCCCUUAGAAAUGGAAGGCACGAAAGAACAGCGAGCAAGACCGCGUCGCACACGUGAGAACAUAAACCCUUCAGACGCGUGGCAGCCCAAGACUCAUCUUGGCAAUCUCGUCAAGGCCUCCAAGGUUACCCUGGCAGAUAUUUUUACGUACACACUGUCCAUCAAAGAGCCAGAAAUCGUGGACUUCUUCCUGAGGGACUCGCUCAAGGAGGAGGUGCUAUGCGUGAAGAGCGUGCAGAAGCAGACCAAGGCUGGACAGCGCACGCGCAUAAAGGCGUUGGUCUGUGUGGGCGAUGGCAAGUGUUUUGUCGGUAUUGGUGCCAAGACGAGCAGAGACGCUGCCACUGCGAUACGUGGCGCGAUGCAGCGCGCUAAGUGUUCGCUGAUGUAUGUCAAGCAGGGAUAUUGGUCGAGCAGCGUUGGUAUGGUGCAUACGGUGCCGGUUACUGCGCAUGGAAAGGCUGGGUCGGUGCGGCUCAAGUUGAUCCCUGCCCCUAAGGGAACUGGACUGGUGGCCGGUAGUGUUCCAAGGACCAUUCUGCGUAUGGCUGGCGUAAAGGAUAUUUACAGUAAGAGUACAGGGCAGACGUGCAACACGGAGAACUUUGCCAAGGCGACCAUCGACGCGCUGGUGAGGGCAAGCAAUUUUUAUUCGCCCGAUCUGUGGAACAGCAAGGCUGAGGGCGUUAAUCCGCUGCUGAGGGCUGAGGAAAGCGCAGGAGCGGAUAGGAGGAGAAGAGGAUGAGUAAACAUCAUUUUAUGCUA